AUGUCCACGCUGACAGUGAAAAUUCCGCACGUUGAUCGGCCUUGUCGGACAUCUCCAGGCGCAAUACAACAACAACCCGACGACCCCAUCUUCAAGCCCCCUUACACGCCUCCGUCAUCACCGACGGCGUCCACGGCGACACUCAAGCUCACCACCGAUGCUCAGAAUCUCCGUGCCACGCCGCCAUCGAUCAACGUCACCCGCACCACGCCUGCCUCACCCCUGCAGCCACCACCGCCUCCCCGCAUCCGCAACCAGUGA